CAAGUAUGUAUGACUCAAAUUUAUUUAUGAUUUUUAUCUAUUGAUUCUAAUUGUCGUUAAUUAUUUUCUAUAAUCACGCCAGAUGUGUUCAUCAAGCUCAAGGACGAAGAAGGAAAUUUUAGUAAAAAACUUGUUACCGAUGUUGAAGGGUUGUUAAGUUUAUAUGAAGCAUCACAUAUGAUGAUUCAUGGAGAGGAUAUUUUAGAAGAAGCACUGAAUUUCACUUCCACCAAUUUAGAGUCCAUUGUUACCCAACUAAACCCUUCUCUUGCAUCACAAGUCAAAUAUACCUUAAAGCAGGCUCUCCACAAGAAUUUGCCUAGACUAGAGGCACGGCGCUACAUUUCCAUCUAUGAACAAAAUCCUUUACAUAGUGAAAUUUUACUCACUUUGGCAAAACUAGAUUUUAAUAUGCUUCAAACCUUACAUCAAAAAGAAUUUGGUAACAUUUGCAAGUGGUGGAUUGAAAUGGAUGUUUCCAAAAAAUUCUCUUUUGCACGAGAUAGGAUUGUUGAAUGUUGCUUUUGGAUUUUAACAGUAUAUUAUGAACCCCAAUAUUCUCAAGCAAGGAAAAUGACGACGAAAUUAAUUGCCAUAAUAUCAAUAAUUGAUGAUAUUUAUGAUGCAUAUGGAACUAUUGAUGAACUAGAAGUUUUUUCGAAGGCAAUUGAGAGGUGGGAUAUCAAGAGUUUGGAUGAUCUUCCGGACUAUAUGAAAUUAAUUUAUACAACUGUCUUGAAGACUUUUGAAGAAAUAAAACAAGACAUGACUAAAGAAGGGAGAUUCUUUACCCUCAAAUAUUACGUAAAAGAAGUAUGA